UUUGGCAACGGUUGGAGCGGGUCGCCAAAUUUGCCAACUCGCUAUUCACCGAAGGUUGCGUUUACAUUUCCCAAACCCGUUUACCAACGACCGGUGCGAGUUCGCGUCAUGAUAGAGGUUGCUAUUUUGGCUUUAUUUACGCACUGGUGGGGAUCGUCUAAUGCAUUCGUGUCAGGAAGUAUGUGUCUAAAAUUUUGAUUUACAAAUAAUUGAAACGAAAUUCAGAAAUCUUCAGCUUCUCCUUGAACUCCUUUUCUUGUCCUUACGAAUAAAUUGUCAGUCCCUUCUUCUGGGCAAACAAAGGAUUGUGUAAAGCAUGUGGUACUGUAGACCGGAGGCGCCGCCAUAACGACAACCCGUGCCGAAGUCUGCAACGAACUGCAAUGUGGAUGCUCUGCGUUAUUUGGUCAUCUGGGAGAAAUAGUGCCACGAUAACCUGCGAGGAUAUUAGCUCAGAGCUGGAACUUGCCUGUGGGACGCUUUGCCUCACAGUGCCAGCCGCUGUCGAAAGCAUAACACUAGUCUUGAAAACACCGACAACAGCCAGCACUUGGGAAGCGCUUUGUGUAAUAUUUCUUCGACGAUUUGUCGGGGCCCUUUCCCGGAUAAGAGGACUGCUGCUGCUUGGUAGUUACCUGGAAUUUUUGGCGAGACAGUAUGUGUUGGCGUUUGAAAUAAACGAGUACUGACCUGUAGGGCGUUUUGCUUCACAGUGCCAGCCGUUGCCGAAAUUACUACACGAUUGUAUCCCGAUCUACCGGACACAUCCGGCACUGAGGGAAGACUUCGUGUAGCUAUGCCGAUGAGAUAAUUUUGCUGAUACCGUUUUAAGACCUCUCACCAUUCAGAGUUGCUCGUAUAAUCGCGUUUGGUGCAGACUCAUACCACUGGCGGUCCCACCGGAGUCGUAUCGCCUGUUUCACCAUUCGUAGCGUAUCUUCGCCAGUGAUAAACGUGUCGAUGACAAGCUGUUCCCUGGCCUCGUUCGAUAGUUGAUCAGCCACAGUAUUUCCGUUCACACCAAUAUGCCCGGGGAUCCAGCAGAAACGGUUAGAAAUAGGGGAACCCGGGGCAAAAAGGCUACCCAGCACGCUGUUCCUCGUCGAACGCUGAUCAACUAUUUGAAAAGUCCAGAUCGACAGAUUGAUACUUGCGACUUGGGUCACUUUCAUCCAGUGUUUAAUCCGCAGCAGGAGGACGAGCUCGUUCAGCAUUCAACAUGGAACAACGACUCUUUGGACUGACAACUCGCGACUUCAGAAGCUUGGCGUUCCAGCUCGCGGUGAAGAACAAAAUUAAACAUCCGUUCAACACCGAGUCCCAAUUGGCCGGUGAAGAUUGGUUACAUGGUUUCCGUCAACGCCACCCUGAACUGUGCCUGCGUAUUCCUGAGGCAACAUCCGCGGCCCGCGCUGCAGGAUUCAACCGAGUGGCGGUAUCGAAUUUUUUCGCUAUUCUUCAGGCUGUCAAGGAAGCUAAAGAUUUCCCAGCGAGCCGAACGUACAAUGUUGAUGAAACAUCAGCUGUGACCGUGCAAACCAAAAAAUCAAAAGUGCUGGCGCUGAAAGGAAGACGACAGGUGGGCUGCCUGACUUCCGCUGAGAGAGGUGUCUUGACCACAGCUUGUGUAUGUAUGUCAGCAACGGGGUACUACAUACCUCCUAUGCUCAUAUUCCCGCGAGCACGCCUCACGGAGUCCCUGAAGACUGGUGCCCCGCCAGAAACUCUAUUCAGCUGCAAUGGUAGUGGUUGGAUGACAAUGACCGAUUUCAAUACGUGGUUCAAUCACUUUUUGGAACACAGCCGGCCGACUGCUGCAGCACCAGUGUUGCUGAUUCUAGAUGGGCACGUCACGCAUACCAAAAACAUAGCCUUCCUCAAAAAAGCCCAGCAAAACCACGUGACGGUGGUUAGUUUGCCUCCUCAUUGCAGCCAUCGUAUGCAGCCCCUCGAUGUGAGUUUCAUGGCUCCCCUCAAAUCGAGCUUUUCGAAAGCAAUCGAAGCUUUCCUCAGGCGGAAUCCAGGAAAGGUUGUCACAGACAAUGAUGCGAGUGCCUUGUUCGGAGAAGCCUACUUGAAGACCGCAACAGCUUCUGUGGCACAGAGUGGAUUCAAAGCUACAGGAAUUGUACCCUUUAAUCAGUUCAUUUUCACUGCGGCCGAUUUCGCACCGUCCGACGUAACUGAUGUUCCGGAAGCCAUGGACCAACCCGCUGAAGAUGACGCUCUUACAAUACUGCCGCAUCCUGAGCAUGUCGAUCAAUCUGCCGAGCUAUCUAUUUAUUUAUUUAUUUAAGGCCUACAUCAACAGACUACUUAUGUCCUAAUGAUGGUAAUAAAAAAAGAUAUAAGUAUACAUAUCGUCAAAAACUUAAAAAAAAAUGGACACAAACACUAAAACAGCUAUCUAUUGCGAAGUGAAAAAUUCUUUGAAUCUUCGACGCAGUGUCUGACGAGGCAGGUUGAAGUCGAAUAUUGUAGAAACCCUGUUGAAUAUACGCUGUAAUCCUUCAAUACUACCGUUCAUACUGUAGUUAGUCCGACGAAAUGGCAUUCUUAGCAUAGCGUUAUUGCGAAGUGUUCUCGGCUGUAUAUUAAUCUGUUCCAAAAUGUCACUACAAUCUAUUCGGCCUUGCAAAACGUCUGCAACAAGUACAGCUCGAGCGGUGUUACGGCGUUCUCUUAGCGGCUCCAGAUCGAUAAGCCGACAGCGGCUUUCAUAAUUUGGCAGGCGUAAUGGAUCUCUCCACGGUAGUCUACGCAGAGCAAAUCGUAGGAAGCGUCGUUGCACGGACUCAAUUCGUUCGGCACCGUUCGUAUAAUUGGGAUUCCAAACGGCGGAGCAAUACUCCAGUAUCGACCGCACCAGUGAGCAAUACAAAGACUUUAGACAUCAAUACCAUCUACCAAUCGAAUUCAUCAAUACCCAUCGUUGGAACUUCAUAUCGAAGAUGACGACGGGGGCUUCUUUCUCGGAUUCGACGAAUCUGACCAACCGAUUUUUCAGAACUUCGAUGGGGUUUAUGUCGAUGAACCUAUGCCUUGCUCCAGCAAGGCAGCUGCCAACAUAUCAUUCGCAGGGAGUGCGUUUGAUGUCACUCCUGAAGAUAUCCUUCCGUUACCAAAGGUAACCGUCGAGAAAAUUCGUAAGAAGUCAAGGCGUGAAAAGGCAACAGAAUUGUCAUUUGAUUCAUAUCGGUUUUGAUUUAGUUUUGAUUUAGUUUUGAAGAUAGUAAUCUACAUUACAUUUUGCGUACGAAAAACGUCUGAUUUAGUGGUGUUUAAACCAUGUAAUCAUUGAAAAAGCGAUAGCCGAUCAAAGCUCAGGAUGGAGAUCUUUCAAGUCGGCCAUUUGCACCACCGGAGGUGUACAGGAUCCAUCCAUGAGUAAGUAAUCAUUGAAAAUGCUUAAGGUGACCUUCUUGCCCUGGGUUCCCCUAGUUGUGGAUUUGUUUUCACAAUAUGAUUUUUAUGCAAGAUAAUUCGAUAUUUUAACCUUACCGGUAAGACUGAAAAGAUAUCAACCUAAGUUAUCAAAAUCCGAGUAAAAAUCCGCGAUUUCACUACAUCAAAACAACUUAUCAAUUUGAUCUCAAUCUUUGUUCGAGAUACAUCAUAAAUAUACAAAUAUUUUAUAAAUUUUAUGAUGCGCGAAGAUGGGCACAAAAACUAGAGAUUAUUUGAAAUCUGUGUUCUAGACAAAUGCGUGUUUUUUAGGAAAGCACAUCUAUCUAGACGGAAGAGAAGAUAGGGAGAAAAAAGAGUAAGACAUUAUAAUAUUAGAGAGGAAUUCUAAGUACCAGCUGCUCAGCAGGUGUUCGUUCAUUAACAGAUGUCUGCGGUACA